AUGGCUCACUUGAACCCGGACCCUUUUGACUUCCUCCUUACGUUGGAGGAUGACCUCUACACCACCGCCUACGCCCAAGGCGCCGCCGACGGCUCCCACGCCGGCCGUAUCGAAGGCCGGAUCUUCGGUCUCGAAAAAGGCUUCGACAAGUUCGCGGCCUUGGGCCAGCUGCACGGAAGAGCUGCCGUCUGGGGAGCUCGGUUACCUUCUGCCACUACCAUCACCACCGAAAAGAACGACCUCGUCAAUGGCGAGAAUGAAGCGGCUUUACCAACGUUAAGCGUCAACGAGCGGUUAAAAAAACACAUCCAGAUGCUGCACGCCCUGACCGACCCCGCGACUUUCAGCACGCUGAACACCGAGGAUGCAGUUGCCGACUUUGACGACCGGUCAAAGCGCGGGCGGGCGAAGGCUAAGAUCAUUGAGCGCAUCGUUGGCGAGACAGGAAGCCCAUCAUCGCCGGAUGGAGAGGCGCCAGAGACUGCGGCCGGGAAUAUCCGCAUCAGUGCUGCGAAGCAGAAGAAGGGGGAUGACAGCAUCGAGGACUUUGUUGGGUCCAGGUUCUUGAGCUGA